UUGUUUUCUCAGUCGUGCCCCAGCGAGCAUUCGAUACAGUCUACGGCGAGGCUCUAAGCUUAGCGUGAUACACAGUCACAACUAGUUACCAGUCCCCAAGAGAUUGUCAUGGCGACGAGCACAAUAAAUUUGGAAAACGCGAGCGUAGAGCAAACGCGCGAGUUUCUAGAUUCAUUCGACAUCAUCUUAUCGGAUUGCGAUGGUGUCCUUUGGUAUCUUGACAAACCAAUCCCUGGUUCGGCGCAUACGCUUCGUAAACUACGAGAUCUAGGCAAGAAGCUGUAUCUAAUAAGCAACAACAGCACCAUAACCAUAGACGAAUACCGCAAGCGACUGGAUUUAUACGGACUAGAUAUCAAAGCGAAAGAAAUAAUAAACACCGCGAAAACGAUUAGCUGGUAUCUGAAGAAGAUUAAGUUCACGGGCGAAGCUUUCGUGAUUGCUACGACACAAUUCCGACAAGUUUUAAUCGACGAUGGAUUUAAACUCGUACCACAGGAGAAAACUCAGAUCCUGGAGCAUAAACGAUACGAGGGACUAAAGAGUAUCGAGGACGAUCCAGCUAUUAAAGCAGUGAUCGUCGAUUUCUGUUUUCUCUGUGAUUGGACCAGAUUAGCAUUAGCCAUUUCUUGCUUAGAUAGAAAAGAUGUUUAUUAUAUAUGCGGCUGUAGAGAGGAGUGGCUCGUUUAUCGUGGCAAUAAGAGAAUUUUAGGUUCUGGUCCCUUAAUCGAUCUAAUUAGCAGACAGAGCGGAAGAACACCGUUAGAAUUUGCCAAGCCUAGUGAAAAUUUAAAAGAUUAUGUUUUUGAUAUAUGGAACGUGAAAGAUCCAGGCAGAUGUUUAAUGAUCGGCGACUCGAUAAACACAGACAUGAAAUUCGGUGCUAUGUGUGGAUUUAAAAAAUUGUUCGUCAACACGGGCGCGGACAAAAUAGACGAAGCGGCGUUGAGCAACGAGUGUUGUCCAGAUUUCUAUAUUCCGAGUUUGGCGUUGUUAAGCCCCCUUAUCGAUUCGCUGCAAAAGGAAUCGGCAAACUAGAAAAGUCCUGUUUCUCCUGUCUCCAUUUGCCCAGUGGUAGACUUUACAAACUGUUUUCGCCAAAUUUAUUUUCUUUAUUAAUGAAACGUUUCCAACGAAAUAUUUCUAGCAGAAUUGUUCGAGAUUUUUUGCUCAACUUUAUAACCUCUCAUUUGUCAUCGAUUUUUUAGUCGCUUUAGACGAUAAUAUUAAUAUUUGCGUAUGGAUAAUGAAUAAUUGUAUAUACGAUGCUAAUAAACAAUGAAACGAGAGAUUA